AUGGAUCUAUCAACAUUUCAAUUGGUUGAUGCAAUUAAUGAUAUGGACAUGUUGAGGAACCUGUCUGAUCAGGAACAGUAUAAUAAACCUCAGCAAUCACAACAGCAACAACCUCAACAACAGCAGCAACAACAACAACAGCAGCAGCAGCAAGCUUACCAGCAAUUGCAUGGUGACAUUGAUCUGCUAUUUGAGUCAGAACAUCAUUCAUCGAACAGUCAGUUUAUGAAUCAUCAAUAUCAAGAGGCAUCUACGUUGACUCCUCUUAUUUCGCCAGCUAUGACUCCUUCGUUUAAUUACCACCAGCAUCAUCAAAAAUUCAACAAUGCAAAUGAUAUGGACUUUUCUCCAUUAUCAUCUCCUGCAAUUAUGCCUCAAAUGGAUCAGACCAGGUACCACCAAAAGCCAAUCUACAAAGAACAGCAGCAGCAGCAGCAGCAGCAGCAAUACACAACCAAUAGACAAGAUGGCUUCGAGAACCUAUCUGCCAAUCAGAUAUGCGAACAAUAUGAACAACUUGAGCAAGCAAAGUUACUAAUUACACAGAAACUAUCUGAAUUACAAAAGACGCAACGACAACAUUAUACGGGAUCAUCGCCAUCAUCGUCAUCAUCGUCCUCUGGUGUAUAUAGCAAGCAUGCCUUGAUUCAUUCUACUGCCAUGUUGGAUAAUAACAAUGGACAAAUGUCUACGCCAAAUUCCCCUUCACAAUCUCCUCACAUGGAACCUGCAACCCCUGCGUCUUUGAUGAAUAUGAAGCUAUCCAGUGCCCAACCUUCAAAGUUGCAAUUUUCGUCUUCUACUAGCAAUCAUAUCAGUAGAGCUACCAGCAAUCAAGCCCUCAACUUUUAUUCAAGCAACAAUAGCAGCACGCCGACCAGUUUUGCCUCUUCGUCUGCGCCUUCUAGUAGCAACAAUAACCAUAUAUUUCAGUCGCCUAUAUUGACCUCAGCGCCCAACAAUCAUGAUGGUAUUAUGUCUCCCAUGAUUACUCCUCCGUCUUCCAAGAGCUCUUCCAAGUCGAAGGUACCGCCACCCUCACCACUGGCACUGAAUCCUCGUCAAUCCGCUCGCAAUACACCAAAAGAGAAAUCGUUACGGCCCUCUAGUAAAAAGCAACGACGAGAAUCGUCCUCCACAGAUCAGUCAAAGUCAAAUAGCACCGUCCACGCAUCUCCCAGAGCAUUAAAGCCGCUUUUGAUUAGUCCUACGCUGAACCCUGGCCUAAAGCCUCUUCCGAGUGCUUUACUGCCGUCAUCUUCUGUUUCACACAACAACCGAGUGAGUUCUGUGGAGGAUGCUGAGCGUAUAUUGGCGACACGAUCCAAUUAUCAAAACUUAAUGGAAGGAAAAGGUGCUGCUCUUGGUAUAGCAUUCUCGACGCAGAUCAAAAGUGGGUUAGAAGUAAGACGUACGGCUCACAAAGCUGCUGAACAGAAGCGACGCGACUCUUUAAAGGAAUGGUUUGAUAGAUUACGUCGCGAAGUAGAAGAUGGCUAUGUGAAGCGCCAAAAAACGCUCAUGUCUCGUGUUAUGAAGGCGCAAGAACUGGAGAAAAACACUAGCAAUAAACAACAACAGCAAAAAGGUGAAGACGACGACAUGACGGAAGCUGCUACCGAAGAAGAGUCAACUGAUCUUAAGCCACUAUCAAAGGUGCUCUUGCUACAAUAUGCAUAUGAAUACAUAGCAUCUUUGAAGAACUCAUUGCAAGAGAGGGACGCUACGAUUGAGAAGCUGAAACAAGGUUGCAAUGACAACGACGAUGGCGAGAAAUCCCCCGGUUUGAAGAGAAAACUAGGCUCGGAUGAAGACAUUGCCUCUAUGUCAAAUAGCACCUCAGAUGAUAGCAUAGUAAUGGACGGAGAGAUCUAA